AUGAAGAAGCCAUUCGCAAAGGUUAAUCUCCUCCGCUACACCGCCAAACUUUAUCUCUGCCAAACACAAGGACACGGCACUCCUACGGUGUCGACGGACAGCGCCUUUAACAAGAAUUUGGGGGUUGGAGGGAAUAGGUUUUCCCCGACAGUAGUCAACACAUUUGGGUUUGGAAUGAGCUGUAAGUUGUUUUACGAAGUUUCGGAGGCAGACAACAUUUACCAGCGGGUGUCACUCGACAAGUUUGAAAUCGUUCCGUGGCAAAAAAAUGACAAACUGUCGAGGUUCUUGAAGAAGUGUAGAGAAAGCAAAAAUCUAGAAGCCUUGUAUCGAAAAAGAGUGGUUGAUUAUUUUACGGACAAGCAUGAGGACUCAGCAUUGGAAUGCCUGGAAGAAGCUGCCAAUUCAGGCCAUGCCGAUGCUGCAUAUGCGUUAGGAAUAAUUUACAUCUUUGUUGGUGGGGAUGAGUUAAAGCGCAAAGGUAUUUUACUGCUGAGUGGGAUGAAGAAAUCCAGAAUUCUGAAAGGCAAAGUGAAACUUUGCCGUGACAAUUUACGAGCGCUGCUGAGGAUGAUAUGGGUCAAGAAUCCUGUGUUUCUAAACCCAACGCCCAUUUGUUGUGCUAUGACAUGA